CUCAGCUGUGCUUUUCCUGCUAUGACAAGUCAACAUGUCUGCUGUGAAAAAGAACGACGUGAUGCAGACAGGAAGCUGCCUCGACCUGACGACGUGGGACGAUGAGACCCCCGGCCCAUCCUACACCACCACCACCGAUGGGUGUGGAGACGAGGACGAGUGUCUGAUCGUCGGCUACAAGAAGCCGCCGCUCAGCGGCGCCACCGACGCCACCGACGCCACCAAUGGGCGCGCAGACGAGGACGAGUGUGUGAUCGUCGGCUAUAAGAAGCCGAUCGCUGAGGACGGAGGAGAAACUUCCUCCACUCGCCUUCCUACCCACUCAGAGACAGACGAGGAAGAGGAGACGACGUCUGCAGCUGAGAUUAUAAUAAAUAAUAAAUCAAAGAAACAACAAGAAUAGAACUCAAUUUAAAGCUCCGUAAACUUCUUCACUCAAUAAUCCAUAUCUUAAGAAAUAAGUCUGUAUAUUUAAGAAAACAUUUGAAAUAUUUGUCAUUAAAAGUC